UUUAUUUUUCUUUUAAAAUGAACCUUUCGAAUGCUGGCAUAAUUCGCCAAAAUAGUUCAACAUCAACACGCCAAUCUUCUGGAAGUGGUCAGCAACAACAGCCACCAAUAGCGGGAAGCUGGCGUUGUGAGGUUUUUGUCGAUACUCCAAUAACGCGUGAACUAAUGCAUGGUCCUUUGAACAUUCAUCUUCCGCCGCUUCCAUUACCUAGUGGAUUAACAACAUUUAUGGAGCAUUUGACUAAUAAUACUCAACAAGGUGAACAUCAGACUGCUUUAGCUGCCGUUACAGAUGUAUCUUUAGACGAGCAAAGGCCGCUUCAGCAACCACAAAGUCCGACUUCGGUGACUCCAACCCAUGGGCGCGCACAUUCAACACCAGCUGCGUUAAACUCCAGUGAUGGCUCAAGCAAUGGCAGUGGUAGCUCAUUUGUCAUAAACAUGGAAGACGAUUUGUCUCGUGUAACCAAUCAACUCCAUCGAAGACGUUCUUCAUCUCCUCUAAGAAACAUGCAUAAUGAUGCUGCUUCAUCUAAUGGUGUUAUUCCUUCAUUCUCUCCCCAACUUACCCAACGUACUCCCACAAGCAAUGCAGCUACCGGGGCAAGACAAGAAGGGGAUGAUCAAAAUGCUGUUACUACAGUUGCAGUCGCGUCAGGCGCAUCUGACGCAAGUGGGGGAAGCGGUGAUUCUGAUGAGGAUGAAGAUCCCACUCUUCGCAACUUGAGGAACCGUUUUCGGCAGUUGCUUAGAAGGCGACAUCAAAUUUUGAGAAAUUUUAUUCAACAAAUGGGGGAGUUUCCGAGUUUGUAUGUUUUCGGUGUUCUAGUCUGUUGGACUCUUGUGAUAUUAUCUGUUUUACUCCAAUUUUUCACUAUCGAAUUUACUGCUUGCCUUGCACUAUUAUUUUGCUUCUUUCAUUAUUCAGAUGUGGUGGCUUUUAAAAGAUAUAUCUCUGGUACGGGUAAUGGAUGGUUUAUUGGCGGCAAAAUCGCACUUCGUCAAUUUAUGGUUCUUCAAGUGCUUGGACAAUCAUCAUUUGUUUUUCCAGCUGCGACGUUUAGGGAAACAUCUGUUUCAUUUAUUAAUAAUCCAUCAUUUUGGUCAACGCUGUACAUUGUAUUGGUUACUGAGUAUUUCGUUCUGGAUUGUUUACUUGCUGCAAAACUUUUGGUGGCAAAUUUACCAAAAUGUUCUACUGUUUAUAAACGAAGAUUAUAUCAAUGGUUAGAAUAUAGUGGUGCGCUUUAUCGCUUUGCGCUCCCAUUUGUUCAAUGGAAUGCUUAUUUGGGAGCUCUGUGGUGGACUGUUGUUUAUGGCGGAAUUAAGAUUUUACUUUCUUUUGCUAUGAUUUGGGGUUGGAUUUUGACAACUCUUCGCAUUUUUCGUUUUACCCAUCUUGGGACUACACCGACUCCUUCUGAAUGUAAACAGAAUGAGAAUUGCACAAUUUGUUUUAGCGAAUAUACUUCGCCUGUUAAGCUCAAAUGCUCGCACAUUUUUUGUUCUGAAUGUAUCCGAACUUGGCUUGAUCGUGAACAUACCUGUCCUAUUUGCAGAACAAUUGUAACAAAAGAAGACAAUAAUUAUCGAAACGGAGAAUCUAUGUUUCCAUGUAUAUUCUGA